UCAACGCCCAAUGCAUUCUGGUCGCCGCUGCACGUUCAUCAAGAAGCUGUAGGCUACGAUCUGCACCGGAAUCUCAGGAAUUUGAGGUGUCCGCAUCAGUUCAGUCGGUCGAGCCCAACCCUCAGAACCACACGGCAUUCUUUCACUGACAAUCCGGUUGAAAGAACAAAAUAUGUCUCAGGCUGAAAAAAUUAAGCAAGGGCAGUUCACCAACCCAGAGACCCCAGGAUAUGUGGGCUUUGCCAACCUGCCCAACCAAGUGCACCGCAAGUCAGUCAAAAAGGGCUUCGAGUUCACCCUCAUGGUAGUUGGUGAGUCUGGACUGGGCAAGUCCACCCUGAUCAACAGCCUGUUCCUCACUGACCUCUAUCCUGAGAGGAUCAUCCCUGGAGCUGCAGAGAAGAUUGAGAGGACAGUCCAGAUCGAGGCAUCCACGGUGGAGAUCGAGGAGCGAGGAGUGAAGCUCCGCCUCACCGUGGUGGACACACCUGGAUAUGGCGACGCCAUCAACAGCCAGGACUGUUUCAGCACCAUCAUCGCCUACAUCGACGACCAGUUUGAGCGCUACCUCCACGACGAGAGCGGCCUGAACCGCCGACACAUCGUGGACAACCGUGUCCACUGUUGCUUCUACUUCAUCUCCCCGCUGGGCCACGGUCUGAAGCCACUGGAUGUGCAGUUCAUGAAGGCCAUCCACAACAAGGUCAACGUGGUGCCUGUCAUCGCCAAGGCGGACACGCUCACUCUGAGGGAGAGGGAGAGGCUCAAGCGCAGGAUUCUGGAUGAAAUCGACGAGCAUGGCAUCAAGAUCUACCACCUCCCCGACGCCGAGUCUGACGAGGACGAAGACUUCAAGGAGCAAACCAGGAUCCUCAAGGCCAGUAUUCCCUUUGCGGUGGUGGGAUCCAACCAGCAGAUCGAGGCCAAGGGGAAGAAGGUGCGGGGUCGUCUCUACCCCUGGGGGGUGGUGGAGGUGGAGAACCCGGAGCACAACGACUUCCUCAAACUCCGCACCAUGCUCAUCACCCACAUGCAGGACCUGCAGGAGGUGACCCAGGACCUGCACUACGAGAACUUCCGCUCGGAGCGCCUCAAACGGGGCGGCAGGUUGUCCUCCCAUGGUUACGUUCUGCCUCUCUCUCCUGCGAAGGGCCCGGAACCGGAGGAAAUGGACAAGGAUAUGAUCCUGCAGGAGAAGGAGGCUGAGCUGAGGAGAAUGCAGGAGAUGAUUGCCAAGAUGCAGGCUCAGAUGCAGAAACAUGGCGAUGGAGAGGGUGACGCGUGAAACCCCACGGUUUGGAGCUGUUCAUUGAGCCUGACCAGAGAAGGAAGGAGGUUGGCAGAGGAAAAGGAAGUAGAGUGAAAAUCAAAAGAAAGAUAUCAUCGGAAGAUACUGGUCCCUGUCUCAAACUGCUUGCCACCAUCUUAUUUUAUUUCACUCCUACAUAAGCAGUAUUAUGUUUUUAUUGUAUUUACACACGUUUUUGUUUCUAAUAUUCCAUAUUUCUAUACUAUUGGAUUAGGCCAGUUAUUGAAAUGAAGAAUAUCCCCCUUUAAUGGGGAACAUCAUUUUGUUAGUCAUUAAGACUUGUUUGUUAUUUUACUUUGCUUUUUUCCUUGCUUCUUUUGCUGUUGAGAAAGCCAAAAGCCCCCACUCCUUCUCUCAGUACUGUGAUUGGCUGUCCACUUGGACCUAAAACCACUCAUCAUGUUUCCUGAAGUUACAAGUGGUAUGGCCAACUACUGUGAAAGUUUAAAACUCUUUCUUCCUGUCUAAACUGCAAAUCUUAAUCUGUAAUGUCAGGUGUUUUACCCUCCCUUUUAAUCAGUCGUCAUGCCAAUAUUGAAGGACUGUCAAUUCUUGGGAUUCCUCACCAGUGUUUUUUCUGUCCCGCAUGCACCACUGUACCUGGUCUGAAGUGGCAUUGUGCUUUAAAUUGACUAGUGAUGACUCAAAUAUACUGUGACCUUUCGCCUCUCACCCUGUAGCCCUGGCCAAUGAAGGAGACUUUGAUGUUCUCGAUAGUGUGCCUCUGUGGAUGCUGUUCUCCUACCUGAGGUUUAUCUAGUUGUCAACCCAUUUAAUGCAGAAAAGUGUCCUAACAAAUGCAUGGUAAAACUGUGAUGGCUGUGUUCAAGAUACGUUUGUGAAGACAUAACUAUUCCCUUUGGCCCCUUCGAUGUGGAGUGAAGUUACUUACAGAAUCUGUGCUGCGGAGGUCGUACUGCCCAUACUGUAGGACUCUUCUGUUUCUGGACGAGUGCCUCUGGAGGAGACAGAGCUUCUGGAAGUUUUAACUGGUCCUUUCUAUUUGCCAUGACCACCAUUUAUGGUCAUGAUGUGGACCUGCUUGAGUCUAUGCUGCUCAAACCAGGCAGAGGCCAAUUGACAGUUCUUAACAUUCCAGUUUCUGCUGUUUUAUCCAAAUACUAUCAAAUAAAAGUAUUUACAUAUGCUAUACUUGUAAUAAAAUUUGUAUUAAACAUAAAUGCUGUU